GGAGCAUCAUGCAGCCACAACGAGCAUCCAUCAUGGUCCUCCUCUCUCUGCUGAGCCUCUUGCUCACCCUGGCAGGUACCCGGGCUCUCCAGUGCUACAGUUUUGAGCGUUCCUUCCACGGUCCUUUUGACCUCUCUAGCAUCCAGAUGUCUAUCAUGGACUGUGUGGAAGGCCAGGAGGCCUGCCUGGAGGCGGUGACUUCCCUGAGUACAGGGUACAGAAACUCAAUAACCCUGGUGAAAAAGGGGUGCUCCUACGGCCCGGGCUCCGGGGAGAUGAUGUCGGGGGGAGACUCAAUGCCCCCCGACUUCACCCUGGUGCGGCGCUGCCACGACGAUCUCUGCAACCGACAGAUCGAGAACCACGAAAGCGUCCCCAAUCUCAGCCCAGCCCCGAAUCCGCCUGAGCUCAGUGGGAUUGAGUGCUGGGCCUGUGUCAGUAGUACACCCGAGGGCUGUGAGCUCCAUAACGCCCACAAGGUCAAGUGUCACGGGGGCCAGAGUGUCUGUUUCCAAGGUCACGGCUUCCUGGCCCUUGAAAAUUUCUCCAGCCCUGUCUACAUGAGGACGUGUCACGAGCCGGCCUGCACUUUUACCGGGGCUGCCACUCACUGGUCGGACAACUACCUCAAAGGCACGUGCUGUAAGGGGGAUCUCUGCAACAACAUCUCCAACGUCCCCAAGGCCCAGUCCAGCAAUCCCGCCCCGUCCGGGGUCGCCAGGCUCCCGUCGGGGGCUCCCCGGCUCCCGGCCGCGCCCCUGCUCCUGGCCAUCCCCUUCUUGUUCCUGAUUUGAAAGCAGUCCUGACUCCCCUUUGGUCUUGGGGUCUUCCAGUUUUUAUGUAGAGACUCUCGUAUACUCUGGCAAGAAAUCCGGUAGCUCUGUGUGUCGCCGGGCAGGGUGAGGAGGGAGAACCAGGGCAGCGUGGCCGGGAGUGGAGAAACCACAAGGAUCUCCCCUUUGGGAAGGGCCUCGGGGCUGGCCGGCUCCUCCUUCCCUUGGACGCGCAAGAUCCCUCCUGCUGCCUCCUGGGGGAUGCAUCCGGGAAAGGCAAAUGGCCCACGCUGGGCAGCCCGCUGUACUUUGGACACUGCCGACUAUUAAAAAAUGCUUCUUUA